UGCUGGAAGGGAUUCAAUGGUAGCAAUUUCUUCAGCCGGAAUCGAAAGGCGACCACGAUGAGGAACAAGAGGUUGACGAAGGCAUUCCUAAACAAAAUGCAGAAAUCCGGACUAUCAUCGCUGAGAUGAAAUGCUCAAAACGAUCCUACCAACCAGAGCUCGACUGCAACCCCAUGGAUUUCGACGACGAUGCACAUCCUGCGCUCCAGAGCGCAUUGCCGCUCCCAGAAUCCGGUGCUUGUUUAGAACCACAAGCUCCCGUCGGCGGAGGGGCUGACCAGCUGGAGGAACAAGAGAGUCUAUUAGAACCGGAGGACAUUUCUGAAUAUCCGGUUAACAAAGGAGGGCUUGGAACGCCCAUAUACUCUGCCCAGGCCUCCCAGGAGGAAAAAAGGGUUCUUAAUGCGCCCUUACCAUCGUUUCUUUUACUUGAUCCACCAAGACCUCUAAUCCCCACUCGAACGCUGAUCCGCCGGCAUUCUGUACCAUCGUGGGUCUCAGGUCGAGGGAAAAGAGAGAACGCUCUUAAGUCUAUAGACCUUGAGCAUCGAGCGGAGAUCUACUACGAAGAUGAGGGUCCACCUUACCAAGCUUGAGUUGAUGUAGGCUAUCGCAAUCUCUCCAUCAAUUUACGAUCUCUUCCGCAUUCAUUUUCUCUUUAUUUCAUCAUCUCACUUUCUGACUGUCCUUAAUUUUUCCAACAUUCAUAGCAAUCUCUUGAAUCUUUAAAUAACUUAUUAAACCUACUUCUGGCGAUUUGUGUGCCCCUUUCCUUCCUGUUUGCCUAGAACUACUUCCUGUAAUGUGUUAGGUUUAUGAGUUUAGUUAGUAAUAAUAUAUU